AAUUGCAAUAUAAGAAAGUGAGGGACAAGAAUUUCACGGUUCACAGUGCGACGAGAAGAAGAAGAGAGCGUUUACUUUCUUUCAUUGCGAUUUGGGAAAAAUCUCGAAAAAUAAUAAUAAUAAUAAUAAAAGGCGACCUCCCAAACAAUAAAAGAAAAAAAAAAAAGGGAAAAAGGAAGCUAAAUUGCGAAAACGGCGAAAAUGAAUGUCGGUGGCGGAACAGCCGGCGACGAUGGGGCGUCCGCCGUGUCGCGGUGGAGCUUUACCAUAUGGAGGCAGUACCAGUACGUGCUGGACAAGUCGACGCCGCUGGUGCUCCGCCGCUGGAUCUUCUUAUUGAUCGUGGCGCUCAUCUACGCCGUCCGGGUGUACCUAGUCGAAGGAUUCUACAUCGUGACCUACGCCCUCGGCAUCUACGUCAUCCAGCUCCUUAUUGCUUUCCUUUCCCCGCAGGUUGAUCCCGAGAUCCAGGAGCUCACCGAUGGCCCCACCCUCCCCACUCGGGGCUCCGACGAGUUCCGCCCUUUCGUUCGCCGCCUCCCUGAAUUCAAGUUCUGGCAUUCACUUACAAAGGCAUUCAUCUUUGCUUUUGCCCUGACGUUCUUCGGUGCCUUUGAUGUGCCUGUUUUUUGGCCAAUUCUAUUGUUCUAUUGGUUGGUACUGUUUAUUUCAACAAUGAAGAGGCAGAUAAUGCACAUGAUGAAAUAUAAGUAUGUCCCCUUCACAUUUGGCAAGCAGCGUUACACAGGGAAGAAAGCAGUUCCCUCUGAAGACACGUCCACUCCCAAAGAUUGAUGAUGCUUCUGGUAGAUUAAAUCAUAUCAUGGUAGACCAUGAGUUUCUUCAAAAAGCAGACUUGGUUAGAAUGUUGAAUUAUUUUUCCUGGGAAAAGCUCUCUCCACAAGUAUUGAAUUUAUGAUUGAAAACAUUAGGGCUUCACCUUCCUAGCUCCAUAGAUUAUCUCCUUUUCAUUGUUGAUGGAUUAGGUAGUUUCUUGUUGUCUUACCUAACUCUUGUCUUUUGUAAUCGCGGAUCGCUUUCACCACUCUUUGUUGUAUACAUCAAACAUAAUAUUUUAUCCUGGGAUUUGUUCUUUAUACACU